AUGUCCAGGCUCGUCGACUACUUCGUUAUUGUGGGCUUCGACCACGAGAAGGAGAGGGGCGGUCUGAACAGCGGCGUUGUCCUUCAACGGUUUCCCGAGAUCAACUGGGACGACACACCCUUCCACGACGGUAUAGGAUGGUUCUGCCAGCCGCAAGGAUGGGCGCUCUCGACAGAACGGACGGAGCCUCGGUUCUACGUGUCUGUCCUGACAGAUGUGGACGCCAACCGUCAUUACUGCGCCUGCUUAUGCUUCAACGAGACCGUCGCCAUCACACCCACCAAGCCCGCAGACGAGGACGAAGAAUCAUUAGAAUCGACGCGUCCAGUUCCGAAUAUCACCCACCACAGCAUCAUGUACGCUCCCAAAUGCCUCGUCAUCGUAUCGAGGCAGGACUACAUCGAUACCUUCAGGAACUGCCUGGGUAUAAUCUACACAGUAUGGGUGGAGAACUUGGGCGUGCCUCUAGAGACGUUGGUCGGUAACUUGGUGGGCGGCGUGCUGGUGCCGGACCCUGGCGGGCCGCAGGUGCGGUUCAGCAUCGGAGCUGGGGACCGCCAGGCUCUACAACCUCCUGCCGCGCCGCCCAUGCCAGUUACACACACCGCUGUUUAUAUGCUGUUGAGGUUGCUUGGUAUACACAACUCGGUAACACUAUGGUGUGCAGUGAUGAGUGAGCACAAAGUCCUCCUGGUCUCCUUGGCAGCAGCUCGACUGGCGGCAGCUUGCAGAGCUCUGGCGGCGUUGAUGUUCCCAUUCAGAUACGCCCAUGUCUACAUACCUCUGCUGCCAGCUGGUCUAGCUGAAGUACUCGCCACACCGACGCCGUUUCUUAUCGGAGUCCAUUCCAGUUUAAAAGAGGAAGUUUCGGAAUUGUUGGACGUUAUAGUAGCAGAUUUAGACGUAGGCUCUCUCCACAUACCGGCUGGUGUGAACAUUCCCCGUCCAGAAGGCAAGCUGCUCUCGUCACUGCAGGAAGCCCUAGCGCUGGUGUUACAGCCGGAGCUUCGGUCCGCAGACUCGGCCUUCGCCCCACCACCACCAGCCUCGUCCCCACCACAUAUGCUGGAUAAGGAGAUCAGGGCUGUGUUCAUGAGGACCUUGGCGAAACUGCUGCAGGGAUAUAGACACUGCUUAACAAUAAUCCGCAUCCACCCGUCUCCCGUCCUAACGUUCCACAAGAUGGGUUUCCUGGGCGCCCGCGGGCUGUCACAGUGUCAGUUCGCGGUGCGACUGCUGGACUCCAUGUUCUUCAACGGUCUGGUGGCUGAGCGAGGUCCGCCUUGGAGAGCCACCGAUAUAUGGGAUGAGCUUGUACAAAAUCUUCCAGAACAAGUUCGGUUAGAAUCUCUGAACCCUGAGCUGGAGUUGCAACACAUACAGGACUUGGCCAUGCAGUUACAUCUCAAUGAAAAUCCGAAUCCUCAGACGUUCCAGCAGCGCAUCCUCCGUCCCCCAGAGGGUGCGUCCUCCCGCAUCCACCAGCCCCCCCUGCCCGCACUGGACGCGGCGCGGGUCAGGGAUGUCAUGAGGGAGGUCGCGCAGAGAAGUGCUGCCAAUCCCAAACUGUCAGCACUCCGGCCCGUACAGUCCCGUAUCGUGGCUCCGGGCGCGCCUCCUACUGGGGCCGCAGACUAUGGACAUCUACUGCUCACCAACUCGGCUAGGAGACUCGAGGUGUUACGGUCGUGUAUAGCCGCAAUAUUCGAGUGUCGCUACGCGGACGCGCGCAAGUCUCUGCCGGGCGUCGUCCGCGCGCUGCGGGCCGCGGGGGCGCGCGCCGCGCUCGUCCGCGACCUGGCCGCCAGGCUGCCCAGUAACAAGCAUCUACUGCAUCAUCACCAGUUCGAGCUCGUCGUCAGGCUAAUGAACUGCGCCCUGCAGUCGGCGACGGCGCUGGACGAGCAUACCAUCGCGGCGGCCAUGUUGCCUCUCGCCACCGCGUAUUGCAGGAAGCUCUGCACCGGAGUCAUACAAUACGCUUACAUGUGCAUACAGGAACAUCAAGUAUGGACAAGCCAGCAGUUCUGGGAGGCGGCGUUCUAUCAGGACGUGCAGAGGGACAUCAAGGCUUUGUAUCUACCUAAUCCCACACACCAUCAGCGAGUGCCCAGUCCUAGUCUUGACUCAUAUUCCAGAGAUGACGAGGAAUACAUAUCGCUACUGAAGGCUCAGGAGCCGAGCGCGUUGGAGAUUGCAGCCGAACAAAUGAGGCUGUGGCCCAGCUUAGCACCAGAAAAACAACGAGAAUUAAUAGCAAGCGAAGAGUCGACGUUGUACAGUCAGGCGAUACACUACGCGAACAGAAUGGUGUACUUACUACUGCCGCUAGAGGGCGCCGGCAGACGCGCUGACGUCAGGGGAGACGACGCCGACAGGGCUAGCAAUAGUAUUACUAAUAGUGUGGCUGAAUCGGACAGCGUGGAUGCGGAGUCCGGGUUCGAGGAAGCAGACCCGGGCGAGGCUGGGAAUAAUGUUAUCAAAAUGGUCUCCCGAUUUGUUGAUAAGGUGUGUACGGAGGGCGGUGUGACAGCAGAGCACGUUCGCUGCUUACACCAGAUGAUACCAGGAGUCGUGCAUAUGCAUCUAGAGACGUUAGAUGCAGUUGCUAGAGAAAGUAGAAGAUUACCACCCGUCCAAAAGCCUAGAAUAGUGGCCCCAGCGCUAGUCCCUGGGGAGACAGUAACAGUUCCGGCGUUACGCGCCUACUUAGUCAGUGAUGGUCGAAACACUGCGCUACUGCCGGCAGAGGGCGCCCUAUUCCUCACUAACUAUAGACUCAUAUUUAAAGGCACACCUACAGAUCCUUAUGCUUGCGAGCAGACGGUGGUGAGAUCGUUCCCUGUAUGUUCGUUGACGCGAGAGAAACAAGUUCGAACCCACUACCUGCCUCACUUGGAACAGUCGCUACAAGAGGGCCUGCAACUUAGGUCUGCUACAUUCCAGUUGAUUAAGGUGGCCCUGGACGAGGAGGUGAGCAGCGAGGCGGUGGAGUCGUUCCGCAAGCACCUGGCGCGUCUGCGGCACCCCGACCACGUCCUGCUACACUUCGCGCUCGCGCCCCGCUCCGCGCCGCCCGCGCCGCACGCCGUGCCCAAGCAUCACACGCUCAAAGGUUUUGCAAAGAAGACUUUGCUGAAGACAGCGCGUCGCGCCGGCCUGAAGCCGAAGCCGUCGAAGCGCCAGAAGUACGUGCUGCCGUCGGCGGACGCGCGCUCGCUGACGUCACCGCCGCUCAUGUCGUCACUGUCCGCCGACACGCUCUCCUUGGAGGAGCUGGAGCUGGGCGCGUGCGAGGGCGCGGAGAGCCCGGCGGCGGCGCGCACGCUGGAGCGGCUGCGCGAGCGCCGGUACGCGCGCGACUGGGGGCGGCUCGGGCUCGCGCACGCGCCCUUCCGACUCGCGCACGCCAACGCCGUCUACACGCUCUGCAGGAGCUACCCGGCCGUGAUCCCGGUGCCGGAGAGCUUCGGCGACGACUCCCUGCGGCGCGUGGCGCGCUGCUACCGCCAGGGACGACUGCCCGUACUCACCUGGCGCCAUCCGCGGACGCACGCGCUGCUCGCCAGAUCUGCAGCCCCACAUCAUAAAGGAGUUAUGGGAAUGUUGAAGGCAAGUCACCAAACUCAGGGCAACACUCAGAGUGGGACGGAAACGACAUCCAGUUUAGAACAGGAACGGUACCUAGCAACACUAGUUGCGUGCACGCCGGCGUCGCGCGGUGACCUGGAGGACUCGAGUUUGAGUCUCGACUCGUUACUUCUGUGCUGCGAGGACCAACGUGAGGCCACACAUACACCAUUACUGACUAAAGCGGCUGGGACACUGGGCGUAUUGGGUCGCAACAGCGGCGGCAAGGGCGGCGCGAGCUCGGCCCGACACUUCGGUCGCUGGGGGUCUCUCAAGGAUAGGAGGCAGACCUCGCAUCUAGACCUCUACGCGCCACGACAGAGACUCUCCACAGCUGAUGCUGACUCUGUAUGCGGGUCGGCGGGCGGCGCGCGCCGCGCGGCGCUGUACGUGGUGUGCGACAAGGGCGGCGCGGCGCCGGGCGUGCUGGGCGCCGAGCUGGUGCCGGCCGAGUACCCCGACGCGCGCGCCACCAAGCACGCCUUCAAGAAGCUCAUGCGCGCCGCCGUGCCCUCCGCCUCGCCCGCGCCCGACCAUCCCGGCUUCCUCAGAUUAAUAGAAGAGUCCGGCUGGCUAUGGCAGCUGAGACAGUUGUUCCAGCUGUCUGGAGCAGUGGUAGACCUGCUGGACCUACAGGGAUCCUCCGUGCUAUUGUCGCUGGAGGACGGAUGGGAUGCCACGGCACAGAUAUCAUCUCUAGCCCAGAUCUGCCUGGAGCCGUACUACCGUACACUGGAGGGCUUCCGUAUCCUGGUGGAGAAGGAGUGGCUGGCGCUCGGACAUAAGUUCCAGCAGAGGUCCAACAUUGGGGCCACGCCACAACAGGGCUUCACGCCUACAUUCCUCAUGUUCCUGGAUGCUGUGCAUCAGCUGCAGAAACAGUUUCCCCUGGCGUUUGAGUUCAACGAGUACUACUUGCGCUUCGUGGCGUACCACUGCGUGUCGUGUCGGUUCCGGUCCUUCCUGCUCGACAGCGAGGCGCAGAGGGCAGACCUUGGCAUCACUGCCGCUGAUGAUAAACGAGCUGAUACUAAUCGCAUGGUAUAUCUUUACGAGGCCGGUGGCGAGGCAGGUGCGGGGUCGGAAGAGGAAUGCGCGGGGGGGUCGUCCGGCCCUCGGGCCCCCACACUGGGACACUCACUGUUUGACUACAUAGACAGGCACCAUCAGAAGUCACCAAUCUUCUACAACUUCUUGUAUACGCCUGAUUUGGAUAAUCCAGUUCUCCGUCCAGUAUCGUCAAUAAGUGCUCUGGAAGUAUGGCAGUACUACACGAGCGAGGAGCUGUCACACGGUGCUCCAUACGACCUGGAGGUCCUGGCGCCUGCAGAACCUGAGGCACGCCAUCCGCAACGGAGGGUCGUUACUGCUGGCUACGAUAGCAUAGCCCGUAGCAUGCCGGAUUCGUUCACCGGCCUGCUGGAGAGGAUCAGACAGCUGGAGCUGGAGCUGGGACACCUGCCGCAGAAAUGGAGAGUUAGGUGGGACCAACUAGAACUGCCCAAUACUCUGGAGUUACAGCGCAACUCGUCGAUGUCGUCGGGCGUGGUGCGGCGCGCGACGCUGGCGGUCCACAAGCGCGGCACGCUGGAGGUGCUGGUGCGGGGCCGCCUGGCCGCCGCGCCGCCCGCGCCCGGGCCCGCGCCCGCGCCGCCCGCGCACCGCUGGGCGCCCGCCUCCGCCGCCGCGCCCGCGCGCUGCGACCACUGCCAGGACCUGCUCUGGGGACCGCUCAAGACGGGCGUGCGCUGCGUGGACUGCGGCGCGUCGUGCCACGAGCGCUGCGCGGAGGCGUGGGCCCCGCCCUGCACCAAGUACAAGGCGCCGCCGCCGCCAGACGCAGACACUCUCUGCGCGCCUCUCUCCGCAGGAGUGUCGACCCUCCAGUCAUCAUCUCAGCAGUACUACGAGCAGUUCUCGUCCAACGUGGCUGAGAACCGGACGCACGAGGGACAUCUAUACAAGCGGGGCGCACUACUCAAGGGGUGGAAGCAACGUUGGUUCGUACUGGACUCCAUCAAGCAUCAGCUGAGGUACUAUGAUGCAAUGGAAGACUCGCAUUGCAAAGGAUUCAUUGAUCUCGCCGAGGUGAUCACAGUGACACAGGCAUCGCCCGCGCCGGGACCGCCCAAGAAAUGUGAUGAUAGAUCCUUCUUUGAUUUACGCACAAGCAGACGUACGUACAACUUCUGCGCUAGUGACGCGGCCGCUGCGCAGGAGUGGAUCGAGAAGCUACAGGCCUGUCUGCAGUGA